UCUUCCUAAUAGGAAGUAACUUAAACUUAAGUAGUCUAAUAUGUCAUUUUUCCACAGUACUUUCCCACUGUAUUUAAUGUUGGAUAUAAGUGAUUUAUAACCAAUAGGGCAAAUUUUGUCCAACCCCAAAGAUAUUUACAAAAUAAGAAGUCUUGCUGGGCCAGGUUUUCAUCAUGCUAAUAUAAUUAAGUCAGGAGAGAUGCUGCUGAACCUAACUGACCACCCAAGUGUUAAACUGUCUUAAAGCAGAGGGUUAAGUCCUUUGCCUUUAAAAGCAGUUUUAGUUUAAUAUUUUUCAUGGGGGGAGAAAAAAAGGAAUAUACUGUUUGGCUUUGUAUCAAUAUAAUUUCGUACAGCUCAAAAAAUCACUAUCUGCUGAAGGAGUUACCAGAAGUUUUAACAUGAUCUGCCUUGGAAAAGUUUCUUUUUGUGUCAUUUACUUACCACUUUCUACUCCAUAAGAAAGAGCUAAUCUGUCUUGUUUAUUCCAGAGAAUACGUAACAAAUUAUUUUCCCUUUUAGGUGCUAAAAACCCUUGGAAAAUCUAGGGAAAAAAAAAAAGAUUUCCCUAAAUCAGUUCUUGGAAUAGUCUAAGAGUUGCAUGUGAACUAGGCCUAGCUUAUCAAAAAUAUUUAGAUUCUUCAUACAUGGUGUUUUUAGUGUUAUCUACGUACUUUUGAGGAUAUUUGUUUAGUGGCAGGAAAAACUGCAGAAGCCUAUGCAUUAGGCAAGACAGCACCUACCUGGUAAAUAUGGGGGCCUCCAUGUGAAGCGUUUAAGCUCAUAAGGAAAAGUUGUGGCACACUGCAGCAAGGGUGCUUGUUGUGAGCUUUGAGCCCUGGGUUGCAGUGCUGCAUGCAGGACCGUUCUACAGUGUUCGUGUGACCUUUAGAAACACAUUUAAAAAAAAAGUUUGAAGUCUUUUGAUCCUUUGGAGGAAUUCAGAGCUUCUCAAAACUAUUGAAUCUAAUUAAACUUAUUAGAGUUAAGAGUCUGCAGCUCUGAGGUAUUAAAUUAGAAGUUUUCUGCUAGAAAAAAAUUCUGUAGUGAAUUCCUGGCCCUUCUGAAAUCCAUAAAUGCUCUGUUCUUAGCUUUAGUGGCAACGGGUCAUUCUGGAUAUCUUCUGCUCAGCAGUUCCAACUUCUUUUAUGGAAGCACUGAUAGAAGACUAUCAGUGUGCUGCACAGCUCCAGAAACGUAAAAUACACAAGUUCUACAUUAAAGAUAGCUGUAUCCAUCGUCCUGUUCCUGUUGUUUGUACUCCUGUACCUUCUGUGCCUAAGAGCUUUGACCGUACUGCAGCCUGAUGUUUACCUCUCCCUUCUGCAUGGGGGAAUUUGCAGUCUUAUGCAGGAAAAGGUGGACAAAUGAUGAAUCACUUCAUGAUUCUGGCGGUAAUGCUCCACCUGAGGACGUGCUACACUACAUACUCACAGCAAGAAUCCAGUGUGUUUCCAGUAAGAUACCUUAACAUUUCCAAGGAUUCGGAUCUUCAGCGGCUGCUGGUGGAAUGGGAUGUUGUCAAGUCAGCACACGAUGCUGAGCUGGCAAUGUCUUUUGAGAUACAAGUCCGUCGAACCGAUGAAGCUACUACUGUGUGGACAGAGUUUCAUAAUGUCACACUUGAUAAAUUGGAAAAGCCUCUUCAUUGGACAUGGGAUUCAGAUAUACCUUUGGAGUGUAUGUCACAUGCUGUGAGAAUCAGGAGCAAGGCAGAAGCAUCAAAAAUUUGGAGUCAGUGGAGUUUGUGGGAGACUGUCCCAGGCCUGGACACUUCAAAUAGAAGCGGGCCACUAAUCUUUCCAAAAGAAAAAUUUUUAGCAGAAGGCUCUGAUAUCACUCUUUGCUGCAUAGGAAGGAAAGGUCAAACCAUUAAGGAAUUCUCUGUCUACCCAACUGUUGAUGUUUUCAAGCACACAAACAGUCAAGUCAAACUUCUUACUGUGGAAAAUCUGUCACAUGACAAGGGGUCUAACAUCCAGGUUUACUGUUAUGAUGAAGAUGGGGAGUCACAUGAGGCAGCUUUCUUUGUGGGUAGACCACCUGACACACCUAAAGAUUUUUCCUGCCAAACUCAAGAUAUGAAAAGAGUAACAUGUACUUGGACAGAAGGAGAGACCUAUCUCUAUGGACGGAACUCACCACGAUACAACUUGUCUGAAACGUCAUCCCAGAAUAUGUCUCUGUGUGAAGCAAGUUGUUCUAAGCAGUGCUCAUGUUCUUGGGAUAUAGGCCAGCAGAGGAUCUGGAAUGUCACACUGACUGUGGAAAACCCACUGGGAAAGAAAACUGCCACAGAUGUUUUUGAUAUAAAACACAGAAUAUAUCCUACUGCACCUUUACAGGUCUGGGAAGAUAGCACAGAUACAGAAAUUACAUUACAUUGGAAUUAUGAAAAAAUUGGAAUUGAACUCUUUUGGCAGACUGAAGUGCUCCAACCUGAUGGCAAAGUAGAACUGCACAACAGCUCCGACAUGGAGUCACGGCACAAGCGUGUCACAGUGCGUGGGCUGCAGCCGUACACGGAGUACACGGCCAGGGUGCGCUGCGGGGCGGCCAAGCACUUCUGGAGGUGGAGUGAGUGGAGCCCACCCCUGCCCAUCAGAACGAAGGAAGGAACUCCAUCAGGGAAACUGGACAUGUGGAGAGAAAUUACUCCAGUUCUGGGGGGACAAAAUGUGACCUUGUUCUGGAAGAAAACACCAAGUUUUCAAGCAAACGGAAAAAUUAUUUCAUAUGAAGUAACUUGGGAAAAACUAGAAGAUGGCUCUAAGCCUGAAAGCUUCUCCUUUUCUUCAGUCUACAAUAGCACAAAGAUUUUCAUUGAUAACCAUUCCUACAGAAUCAGUAUCAUGGCAAAGAACAAUGUUAAUUUUUCACUUCCUUCAGUAUUGAUCAUCUCUGGAGCUCCAGAUAACAGCACCGAAGAGCUUAAGGAAGGACUGGUUAAUGGUACAGAUGAUGGCAUUUUAAUCUCCUGGGAGCCCAGAAGUAUAUAUGACAGUUACAUUAUUGAUUGGUGUAACUUUCCCAGGCUGCAGCCUUGUGAUUUGCAGUGGAAGAGAUUUGGACCCAACACUUCCAGUGCUGUGAUCAGCUCAGCUGCUUUUGUUCCAGGGGUGAGAUACAAAUUCCGUAUCUAUGGAUCUGUUGCUAAUAAGGCCUCCAUAUUGGAAAAGAAGAUUGGUUAUCUCAGGGAGCUGCCUCCUCGGCUUGACCCUGUUGUGAGAAAAGUUGACCUCACUUACCAUUCAGUAACGCUGUCUUGGGAUUCUUAUCUCACAGAUGAGUCAGAGCCUGGUUUUUUAAGAGGCUACCAUGUUUAUGUGUCACCUAUACAAGGGAACUGCAAUUUGAAAGGAUCAAAAAAGCACCUUCUUCCAGAUGAUUCAGAGCUAUGUAAAUACACAAUUGAAAACCCAGAAGAAAAGAGAUACACCGUGGAACACCUGAUGCCAAACACAAAAUACAAAAUAGUGGUUAAAGCAUUUACAGGUGGAGGAGAGACUCCCAUUGUUAACUUUAGAUACAUAGAUACACCAUAUAACUCAAACAUGCUGUACUUUGUAUUCCUGCUAGUGAUAGUUCCAACCCUAGUAGCAGCUGUAUGCCACUGGAAGAUGAAGUGGGUGAAAGAGUGCUGUUGUCCUGUAAUACCUAGUCCUAACAAGAGCAAAGUGCUGUCAUUCAAAGAGUGUAAGAUUGAUUCUGAGAAAGUGCUGAAGAUAAAUGACUGCAUUCCUGACGUGCUGGCCAUGGACAAUAAUGAUGAAGCUCAGAAAUUGCAUCCUGUUACCUGGAGCCCAUUAUCUUCAACACCAACUGAAGAGAAGAUUGAUGGUCACAAUUUUUCCUGGAUUUACCCUAGUGAAAAUGUAGCGAGAGACUUUCCACCCCCAUCUAUGCCUGAAACUCAUACUUGUUUUGAGAAUUUUGCUUAUUCUUCUCCACUUGAGGCUGAAUCUGAUCCCUGCCAAAUACCGGAGACACUGGAAGCAGGCAAGACAGCAGUGAUGCUAUACCAGCCACAAUGCUAUUUAGAUAUUUUUCAUGAGGAUACAGCCUCAACCACCAGAGAAACAGCUGACAGAAAGAAGAGUCUGAGAUACAUCUCACAAACAGAUCUGCGCUGCCUGGGUGGGAGGCUUUGAUGUUCUGUCCUCCAGUGAGUCCAUCCAGUGUUUGGCUACACACGAUAAAUGAGAAUUUCUAAAACGACAACUUUACAUUAGGGCUCUCACAAGCCCAGCUGCCUGACUUCCAUUAACAUGGCAAAGCUGUUGUUUCUGGACUAGUUUUGAGUACUGACUUAGACAGGAAUUAUGUGUGCUAUGGUUCCAUUACAAGUUACGGGCACUAGAAGAGAUUUAUAGGCUGGUUUGUGGCCCGUAUUAUGCAGAAAGUUACAUCACAGCAAUCUGUCACAGGCUGAUGCAGAGAACUGCUUUAUUUUGCAGAGAUUAAAACUUUAUUCAUAGAGGAGCAAAUUAAACAAGGGAGAAGGUUGUUCUGCUCAAGGGCUGUAUUUCUCUUGUAGUGUUCUGUGUACUUUGGCCACCCAGCCAGUGGCUACUGUGCUGCUGGGUAUGGAGCAUUACCCAGCCCAGUCAUACUGGGGGCUGGGUUGUAUUUUCUCUCUCUCAAACCAUGUAAGGAAUCAUCAUGGAAUUGUUACCUGCACACAGUGUGGCACAUUCCUAGAAGAUUCAAAGUAACUUUGACUUCUCCAGGAGUGCUGCCCUGAGCACCCAAAUCCAGUGAUCAUCCUGCUUUUACUUCACCUGUGUCCUAACUGCACUUGAUGGAUGAAAGAGCACAGAAGACAAGAUUUUUAUAGGGAAGAACCUGCUUCCAUUUCUCAUAACUGGGGCUCCUCACAACUUCUGCCUUCUCUGCCUAAAGAUGACUGUUUAAAAUUUUCUUAACUAUACACUGAAGAGAUGUAGGAAGUUAGGUGAGAGUAGUUACUUUUCCUGAAGGACAGAGGUGGUACCAUGGCCUCUCUGCUUGUGCACAUGAACUGAACUUUUGGCAUUGACCCUUGUACUUCCAUAGCAAGCCCCAACCAGCCAAGCAGACAGGCCGGUCAGAAGCACAGGUGUAUGAGUGCCAUUUGUGAAGAACAUCAUAAUCAGGCUGCAUACUGGCUAGAUCUCCCAAUACUACUUUUGCAUGUGUUAUAAAAACAAAACCAAAAAAAAAUUUAUUGUAACACUCAAAAUCCCUACAGUAGGCAGCAAUGAAUUUGGCUUUUCAUUUUGAUUUCAGAAAAUCGUACAUUUGUAAUGAAGCAGUACAAUUGGAACCGUAGCUGAAAGUCUCAUCAGAUUUACCUCGGUGCACAAAGAACCCUUUGGUUUUGCCUCCUUAUGCUGUUUGGAAUCUGUCACAAAUAGAUGGUUUCAACUUAACAGCACAGCAUAAGCAAUUCUCAAAGGUGAAAAAAAUGAAGAGUGUCUGACAAUUCGAUGUGCAGCUAGUUUGCUAAAAUGGAGUUACUUGCCUUCCCACUGUUUAACUAACUCAUCACACUCCUAGAAACCAAGCAGCUGGAGACAGAAGUGAGUUCUGAUACUGAACCACAUCUAGUUUUGGUACUGUUGCUUACAGAUAUUGUUGUAAUGUCCACAAACUGUGUUGGAGCAGGAAAACCAACAGGACCUCGCACAGUCAGGGCUAAGACAAGCACUGACUACAAACAGAGGGAGAAGUCUUCAGCCAGGAAAAGGGGGGUACAGCGAUACAGACAGAGAUGGGCAGAUGUGAUUGGAGGUGUCCAGUCCACACUGUACCAUGUCCUGUAUGCUGCACACAGGUGCAGGUGGCUCACAGGCUUGAGGAGGAGAAGAGUUGCAGCACAGUCCUUCCUUUCAGCCUCCAGCCAGCAGGAUAAGGACACAGGGCUGGACACAUUUUGCUGAAGGGCAAGAGGACAAGGAGGGUAAGGGAGAAGGGUGAUCCUAUUUGACAGAUGCAUCCCAGAGAAAGUUCCUUCCUUUAUCUUAACCUCUUUGAGUUACAAUGCAUGUGAAAGCUUGAUACCACAGUAUCUUUCUUUACAGCUUGGAACAUUUGCUUCUCCAAAGUGCUUCAUCACAUGUGUAGCUUAAAAGCUUUAAUGCUGCAAAAAAGGCCAAUAAAUGUAAGGGAGCUGUUUUGUCACCACUGCUGCAAAACUUCCUGAGCUGUAUAUUUCAGAAAAAGGUGUAUUUAUUCUAAAAUGUUGAAAAGGUAUCCUAAAUCAAGAGUUAGGUAGCUAAGGAAUUCACAUACAGAUGUCAGAAAAGAAAGAUGUCUGUCAAAGAAAUCAGAGUAUUGCACAAAGUAUUUUAACUUUUGACAUUGCUGCAGUUCCCUGGGCCAGAGGGGACAGCUGCAACCAGGCACAACUCCUGCUUUGAAAAAGCUGCUGUCACUGAGGCCUGGCUGCAGCAAUUCCACCCAGGAAGUGAAUGAAGGGACGUGUGUGGGUUCAGCCAGUUGUGCCUUCCUGAUGGUGGGGUGAGACACAUGGGCCUGCUGAGUUCCCACCUCUCAGUCCCUUGGUUGCUCCCGGGGAGAUCCUGCUCUGAUGAAAUUCCAUUAUCUGGAUGCAGUGACACACUUGACCACAUUCCAGAUUGCUGGGUGAGGGAAGGAGAAGUGGGCUCCUCUUUCCCUAUAAACCUUUUGCUUCCUGGUGCCAAUGGGUGGUGCUUUAUGAAACCUCCUGUGCAUCAAAGGAUGCAGAUGGAGGAUUCCAGGAAGGAUACUGCCUCUGUGCCAUUCCAAGGGCACAGUCUGGGCACCAGAACUGAAGAUUAGAGAAGUAUUUUGGCAUUUGUGGGGAAGAGUGUAUAAUUUUUGGAUAUUAAAACAUCUGUCUUGCAUUAAUGGUUGAAUGAGUUCAGAAUUGUAACCCUUUUUUUUGUUCAUAAUUCAACUUUCACAGCUGUUGUUGAAAUGCUUAUACUUAAACCAUCACAUAAUAGAAAAUCAUUCUCAGUAUGUUAAACUUCUAAAAUAAAAAUGGUGUGUGAACUAUUAAAGAGUCUCUGUAUCUUAUAAAGCAUUAAAGUAAAAUAUAUUUUUGACAAAA